AUGUUCCCAUCAGCUCAACUCGUUCUUCACCUCGUUCUCUGCCAAGCUGUGCUUGCAGCUCCUUCCUCUGUGACGAAGGACACCAAAAGCCAUCUUGCUGGAAAAGAUGACUCUAACAAUACUUCCACCCCGACUAUCAACCCCAAUCUCCAAGGUCAGCCCGGAGCUGCAAGCGGAUGCAUUCCCAUUGCUGGUGGAGCCUCUGCCGGGCCCGGAAGUGGCAAUGGCAGCCCCUACGGUGGCGGAUACGGUGGCGGAAAUAUUGGCAGAUACGGUCGGGGAGCCGGAUACGGCGGCGGGAUCGGAAACGGUCCAGCAGGCGGCCACGGUGGAGUCGGCGGACCUGGCGGAAUUGGUGGGGGAGGCGCACUUGGUCUAGGAGCCGGAAACGGGGGGGCAAGCUACAACAAUCCUGGCUCUUCGAUCGGCAAUGGUGCGGGUGCGAGUGUCGGGGUCGGAGCCGGCGCCUACGGGAAUCCAGGAGCAGGCUACGGCGGUGCGGGCUCUCCGAUGUUAGGCGCGAGCGCGGGUCUCGGAGUCGGAGCCGGCGCCUCCGGGAAUCCAGGAGCAGGCUACGGCGGUGCUGGCUCUCCGAUGUUAGGCGCGAGCGCGGGUCUCGGAGUCGGAGCCGGCGCCUCCGGGAACCCAGGAGCAGGCUACGGCGGUGCGGGUUCUCCGAUGGGCUAUGGCGCGGGCGGGGGUCGCUUCGGACUCGGGGCCGGCGCCUACGGAAGCGGCCUCGGCUCUAGUCUAGGGGCCGGCGCCGGCGGCUACGGGAACGCAGGCGCAGGCUACAACGGCGCUGCUGGCUCUCCGAUGGGCUUAGGCGCGAGCGCAGGUCUCGGGGGCGGUGGCUACGGGAACGCAAGAGCAGGCUUCAACGGUAUUGGCUCUCCGAUGGGCGGUGUUGGCUCUCCGAUGGGCGGUGCUGGCUCUCCGAUGGGCGGUGCUGGCUCCCCGAUGGGCUAUGGCGCAAGCGGGGGCCUUCCCGGCGGCUGCCCUUCCGGGUAUUACAAUCCCAGCGUCUCCGGAACGGGCGGGCUGGCGGCAGGGAACGGCGUCGGAGGACUUGGUGGGUCGAGCGCUGGAAUGCUCGGCGGCGGGCUAGCGGCUAUGACCAACGCCCGAGCAGGAGCACUUGGUGCACCCGCAGCUGCCUCUGGAAUGCCCGGCGCCGGGCCUGCUGGAUUCCGGCAAUCGGCUCUCGGCGGUGGCUACCCCGGUAUGCUCGGCGGAGGACGAAACGGCUUCCGCCAGUCAGCUUUCGGCGGCCACUACCCCGGCCAGAACCAACUUGGUGGCUAUGGCGCCGGCGCUGGACCUCAAGCAAGCGCGUCCCUUAAUGCUGGCCAGGCCGGUGCACUCUCCGGCAAGGAGGCAACCCACAAAUCUUCGGCCGACAACGCACUGCCAGGCCAAGAAAAAAACUAA